GCCCCUCGGCCGUCGUCAAUCUCCCGGAGGCGGCAACCGCUGCGGCUCGGCCCUUCCCGGUUGGCCGGGCCAGCUGCGCCUCGGUUUUCUGGCGACCAUGGGGGACCCCAGCAAGCAGGACAUCCUAACCAUCUUCAAGCGCCUCCGCUCGGUGCCCACCAACAAGGUGUGUUUUGAUUGUGGUGCCAAAAAUCCCAGCUGGGCGAGCAUAACCUAUGGGGUGUUCCUUUGCAUCGAUUGCUCAGGGUCACACCGGUCACUGGGUGUUCAUUUGAGUUUUAUUCGAUCUACAGAGUUGGACUCUAACUGGUCAUGGUUUCAGUUGCGGUGCAUGCAAGUUGGCGGAAAUGCUAGUGCAUCUUCCUUUUUCCAUCAACAUGGGUGUGCCACCAAUGACACCAAUGCCAAGUACAACAGUCGGGCUGCCCAGCUCUACAGGGAGAGGAUCAGGUCUCUCGCCUCCCAAGCCACGCGCAAGCACGGCACGGAUCUGUGGCUUGACAGCUGUGUGGUCCCACCUUCAUCCCCUCCACCAAAGGAGGAGGACUUCUUUGCUUCUCAUGCUCCUCCUGAGGUGAGUGGCUCGGGGUGGGCAUCAGCACAACCAGAAUCAUCUUCUUUAACACCAAGGAACAUGGAAACCACUCCAGCAAAUAAUGAAGGUGGAGCAGAACAAGGACCAAGUGUGGAUGGUCUUAAUGUACCAACAAAGGCUGCUUUAGAGGUUUCCUCUAUCAUAAAAAAGAAACCUAAUCAAGCUAAAAAAGGACUUGGGGCCAAAAAAGGAAGUUUGGGAGCCCAAAAACUGUCAAAUGCAUGUUUUAAUGAAAUUGAAAAACAAGCCCAAGCUGUAGAUAAAAUGAAGGAACAGGAAGACCUUCUGGCCAAGGCGGCACCUAAGGAAGAAUCAAUUGUUUCAUCAUUACGAUUAGCCUAUAAGGAUCUUGAAAUUCAAAUGAAGAAAGACGAGAAGAUAAACAUGAGUGGCAAAAAAAAGAUCGAGUCAGAGAGACUGGGCAUGGGAUUUGGAAGUAGCAGAAGUGGUAUUUCACAUUCGGUAACUUCAGAUAUGCAGACCAUUGAACAAGAAAUACCAGUCCUAGCAAAACCAAGAAAAAAGUAUAAUGAUGACAAUGAUGAUUCCUAUUUUACUUCCAGCUCAAGGUGCUUUGACGAGCCGAUGGAGUUGAAGAGCAGUUCUUUCUCUGGCUGGGAUGACAAUUCAGGUUCCUAUUGGAAAAAAGAGACCAUCCAAGAUACUGACACAAUUCUGAAAACCACAGGCUAUUCAGACAGACCUACUGCUCGCCGCAAGCCAGACUAUGAGCCGGUUGAAAAUACAGAUGAGGCCCAGAAGAAGUUUGGCAACGUCAAAGCCAUUUCAUCAGAUAUGUACUUUGGAAGACAAGCCCAAGCUGAUUAUGAAGCCAGGGCACGACUGGACAGGCUCUCCGCCAGUUCCUCCAUAAGUUCCGCUGAUCUGUUCGAUGAGCAGAGGAAGCAGACAGCAGGAAACUACAACCUCGCCAGCGUGCUGCCCGCCGCGCCUGACAUGGCCCAGCUGAAGCAGGGCGUGCGGUCCGUCGCUGGAAAACUCUCCGUCUUUGCCAACGGAGUCAUGACCUCCAUUCAGGAUCGCUAUGGUUCUUAACGCUGACGUCGUGAGCUGUUUCCUGGAGAAGUUCCUCUGCAAACGCACCACCAGUGGCCGCAUCACAGACUGCGGUGAAGACCAGCCAGCUCUGCAGAUGGUUUUG